CGUGCUACGCUCACAUCCGUACGUGGUUAGCUCUCGCUGCUCGUCCGUACACGAGUAAACCCUUGUUUGGCGACAGCGGAGGAACGUUGCACCUGCAGUUUCAGCUCUGUGUUGGCUGGUCGCCGUAAAAGGAUACUAGCGUGAGGUUGUUCUCGUUUGUUGCGGUAAAAGGAUACUAGCGUGAGGUUGUUCUCGUUUGUUGCGGUAAAAGGAUACUAGCGUGAGGUUGUUCUCGUUUGUUGUGAUAGCCUUUGCGCAGCUUCCACGGUGUGUAAUAUACGAGGACUAUACAGACGGAGUGAGAGAUACCUACAUCUGGCAGGAAUGACGACGAGAGCGAUCGGUGUGCUCAGAUAUUCUUUCGCACGUUGUGUGGUACGGGGGCAAGGCAAGGCAAUAUCAUACGCUGAUUUGAAAGGUCAUGCACGCACUAGCGGCGUAAAUUAGCAGGCGCCGAUACAGAAAGAUGGCGGGGACGAGCAACGCGGCGCACCAGCGGCUGUACUUUGAUGCAGAGGAGAUGCGGAGGAUGGCCAUGAGGGAGGAGGAGCAGCCCCCCACGCCGUACGGAGAGCUGUCGCUGUGUUCUGGCGUCUCGGAGCAUCCGAGCGAGUCAGCCGACUCUCGCUACGAGUUCGCCCGUGGCGACGCAGCCUCCUCCUCCUCCGCCGCCGCCGCCGAGAAAUGCGAGCGACUGUACAUGGCGAUACACAUGGCGCCGCCUGGCGACGACGCGGUGCGGGAGUGCGGCAUCGCGUCGCUGCGUCCGCGCUGCCUGCAGCGCUUCGCGAGCGUUCGCUCGUUCACGACGCUCUGCUGCGCGCUCGUCAUGCUCUCCGGCACGCUCUCCUCCGGCUACUUCAACAGCGUCAUCACGACCAUCGAGAAGAACUUCGAGAUCACGAGCGGCGUCUCCGGCAUCAUCGCGAGCGCGGGAGAAACCGGCAGCCUCUUCGCCGUCGUCUUCGUGAGUUACUUCGGCAGCCGUCGCCACAUCCCGCGCUGGCUCGGAUCGGGCGUCGUCCUCAUGGGCCUCGGAGCACUGCUCUUUUGUUUGCCGCACGUGAUAUCGGAGAGCUACACGGUGCGCGGCCACCUGUUGGCGAAUGUUACGGAGGAGAACAUAUGUCGCGCGGCGAGCAUCAACCUAGAGGAUCAUCUGGCGAGUCAGGAGUGUGAGCCGGUCAGUUCCUCCAGCAGUCUCUACAUCCUCAUCCUCGUUAUCGCACAGGUCAUGAUAGGCGUUGGAGGCACUCCCAUCUACACACUAGGAACGACGUAUAUAGACGAUCAUGUCAGGAAGGAGAGUGCUUCUCUGUAUAUUGGUUGCGUGUACAGCAUGGUCGCAUUCGGGCCCGUCGUUGGCUUCCUGCUGGGAGCCUACCUCCUCAAGCUCUACGUGGACUUCUUCACUGUGGACGUGCUCCUGCUGCAGCUGUCUCCCCACGACCCGCAGUGGGUGGGAGCCUGGUGGGGAGGCUUCAUCAUCUGUGGCUUCCUCCUUCUCGUCGUCGCCGUACCGUUCUUUGCCUUUCCGAAGUCGCUGAGCAAAGACAAGGAGAAGCGAAUGCUGGACGAUAAGGGGAUUAAGAUGGUCGAUUCGGUGCCAGGGAGUCCGAACAAGGGGCAGUAUGGCAAGAGCCUGAAGGAUAUCCCGCAGUCCAUGUGGCAUCUCAUGACUAAUGGAGUUUACCUCGCCACAUGUCUGGGUGCGUGCAUGGAGGUAGCCAUUGUCAGCGGAUUCGUUGUCUUUCUACCCAAGUACCUGGAGACACAGUUUGGUAUCGGCAAGUCUGAUGCUAACAUUCUUACAGGUGGAGUCGCUAUUCCAGGGGCUUGCAUAGGCAUAUUUAGCGGAGGAUAUCUUCUGAAGCGCUUCCAGAUUCAUCCACCAGGGGCAGUGCGCUUUGUGUUACUCGCCAACGUGCUGUGUUUGAGUCUGUUCUCAAUCAUCAUCUUUCUUGGCUGUGAUAAUGUGAAGAUGGCAGGAGCAACCAUAUCCUACAAUGACAGUCCGAAUGACAAACCAUUCCAUAUCAACCUGACAUCGCAGUGCAAUGCGGACUGUCAGUGCUCGCACAACGAUUUGGAACCAAUCUGUGGUAUAGACGGCAUCACCUACUUCUCUCCCUGCCACGCAGGCUGCACGCAGUUCUAUCCACCGAUCAUUCGCGGUGACCUGGAACUGCAGAAUUACACGGACUGCGCGUGCAUUACUGGUAACAAGACAGUGCAGCAACUGGGGCAGCUGCUGCUAGCAAGCUCAGGGGAGUGUCAGCGUAGUUGCGACAUGCUCAUUCCCUUCAUGGCACUGUUGUUCGUCAUGACUCUACUCGUGUCCAUCACCAACAUGCCUGUUGUGAUGAUCACUCUCAGGUCAGUAGCAGAAGAGGAGAGAGCAUUUGCUCUUGGAAUGCAAUUUGUAAUCUUUCGGCUUUUCGGUUACAUUCCCGCUCCGAUCGUAUUCGGAAACACGAUCGACACGACCUGUCUGCUGUGGAAGGAGCAGUGCGGCGACUCCGGCUCCUGCCUGCUCUACAACAUCGAACAGUUCCGAUACAAGUUCAUCGGUGUCUGCACUGUUUUGAAGUUCCUCGCGAUGUCCAUGUUCCUCAUCGAUUGGUUCCUCAUCAGCAGACGACAUCGCUGUGGCAACGGAGGUGGACCUAGAUUACACCAAGCAUUCUGAGUCGAGUUGUUCGUAUGAAGUUGUACAGCUCAUGCGCAUCUCUGUGAAAAGUCAAGAGCCUAUUCCUG